AUGUAUUUCUCGAUUCCUAACAAUAUAAACUAUUCGGUCAUUCUCCCAAUUCUCUUGCUUCUUUUUGUUAGCGAUGUCUUGGGGCACGGUCGUAUGCUAACUCCACAGAUUAGAAUUCCCCCGGGUGAUGAAAAUAACGGAUUCACUCUCUCAAACGGGCCAACCACAAUUGAACCAUGUGCCGGAAAUCCGCGGGGUCCUGUGUUGAGCAACUUUCAAUCCGGUCAAAUCAUAUCAAUAUCGUGGACUAUUACAGCUGCUCAUCGUGGCAGUUGUAGCAUUCAGCUUUCCACAACGGGCCAAGACUCGAACUUUCAAGAGCUUAAAUCCUAUCCCAAUUGUGCAGAUAACACCGGUACUUUCUCCGACUCUGUGAAAUUACCUGACGGUGCUUCAUGCAAUAACUGUACCAUUCGUUGGGUAUGGAAUGCACUACUUACCAAUGAAUUAUACUUGGACUGCGCCGAUGUCAGUAUUGGUGAUGGUGCUAAUAGUGGUGAUACCACAUCUGCAACAACGUCGACAGCAUCCGUAACGUCCACAUCUGCAACAACGUCGGCAGCAUCCGUAACGUCCACAUCUGCAACAACGUCGGCAGCAUCCGUAACGUUCACAUCUGCAACAACGUCGGCAGCAUCCGUAACGUUCACAUCUGCAACAACGUCGGCAGCAUCUGUAACGUCCACAUUUGCAACAACGUCGACAGCAUCCGUGACGUCCACAUCUGCAACAACGUCGGUAGCAUCCGUAACGUCCACGUCUACAAGACACACAACGACAUUACUGACAGCUGAGUCAUUGGCCACCAAAACUCUAGGGAUAUACGAAAAGAAGAAACAUGAAUCCCACGGAAAGAAAAUGAAGGAGAAAAAACAUAGGAGGCAAAGUAAAAAGUAA